AUGAAACCAUCUAAACUGCAAGAUCAUCUGAGAAGAUGCCACCCUGAUAAAACAGAGAAAGAUUUGAAAUACUUUCAAACACUCAAAGAUAAAUUUCAGAAGAGACCUACACUGGACAGAAUGUUCGCUUCGACGUCACAAAGAAAUGAUGAUGGUUUGCGGUCGUCUUACAAUAUCUCGUUACUUAUAGCAAAAUCCGGAAAACCGCAUACUAUCGGAGAGAUGUUAAUUUUGCCAGCCGUUGAAGAGGUUUUAAAAACUGUUUUACACAAACCUGCAUCUGAUAUCAUUAAAAGAAUUCCCUUAAGCAACAAUACUGUUGGAAGACGUACUGAUGAAAUCAGUUCUGAUAUUGAAAGCUUCUUCUGUAAUUAUUUGCAAACGACCCAUUUCUCUAUACAACUGGACGAGUCAACUUUACCUGAUAAUGCAGCAUUAUUAUUGGCUUAUGUUCGUUUUAUUAUGAAUCAAGAUAUCUACGAAGAACUGCUCUUCGCAAGAACUUUGAUAACAGACACUAAAGGCGAAUCAAUAGUUCAUGUUUUGAAGGAUUACUUCAUUGAAAAAGCAAUUCCUUUAUCAAAUAUAAUAUCAGUAGCUACAGAUAUAGCACCUGCCAUUGUUGUACAUUAUCCUGGAUUUAUAAGCUAUUUAAAACAAAAUGUGUCAGGGGUGUUAGCAAUACAUUGCGUCAUCCAUCGACAACAUUUAGUUGCUAAAAAUUUGAGUGUUAGACUGCAUGAAUCACUUCAUUGA